CGGCAUGGCAGCAUCUCCGCUCAUGCAGCCGACACCGCCGUCUCCCGUUGGAGGUGCAAGGCGAGUAAACGAGAGCGGGGCAGGCUCCAUCCUCAUGAGCUGUUCCAUGGACAAUGCAAAGCACGUGUAUGCUCUUUUGCAGUGCUUGAGUCUUGGGCGGAAGAAGGAUCAGCUCGUCCGUUGCGACAUCGAUGCGUCGGGACUAUAUUUCACAGCACACUCGAAGGGGAAGUCUCUGCAGAUCAAGACGAGCUUCGCAAGCGAUCUCUUCGACUCAUAUGCGUAUCACAUAGAGGAGACGCUUGGGUUUCGAAUAUCUUUGCACCAUCUUCUCGAAGGUUUAAGUGUAUUUGGCAUGUCGACUCUGGCAUCAACGUCCGUCACAUGGAGCUUCGACGAAUCGUCGGCCUGCUUUCAGAUGGUCCUCACCGACAAUGGCAUUCUGGCCGAGUGUGCGAUACAAGUGAUCGUGGAGGAUGAACUCCACGAUUUUACGCAGGGGGAUUUUGAGCGCAGCUUCGAAGGGUCCGUGGUUGUCGGCCGAGUAAUCAUCCAGUCCAAUGCACUCCAGGAGGUUGUGUCGGAGUUCUCGGACCUCCCACCCGCCGCGCCAGUCGUCAUUCGCAUGCACCCGAACAACGCAUUUCAGUUCCAAGCGUCGUCUUCCGAAGGAAACUCAUGUGAAAUCGACGUGGCCAAGGCGUCUCCCGCCCUGAUCGAGUACGACACGACUACCGACAUCGAGUCCACGUUUCAGUGGAGCUUGCUUCAAGAGGCACUCCAAGGCCUCGCGAUUGCCGCCGAAACGUUCAUCCGACUCAAUGCCCAAGGGUACUGCUCCAUCCAGCACAUGGCGCUCGUCGGGUCGAACCGUGCCUUCGUCGAUGCCCUCUUGUGCCCCGACGCCAUGUAAAUGGUGCCAAGCGACGUCAUUUCUGCUAGUGUGGCGUCAGAUGCUUCCAACGUCCCUAGUCACUCAGCAAUGCGAUAUGACGGCAAAAAUGUGUGAAAUUAGCAAGUGAUGAUUCAGGACUGUGCCGCACUAAGCUGCGCUCUUCGAGUUUUUUUGAGGUGUACGAAGUCGAUUCCAGUGACGCACGACCAUGGGAGUGACGAAGAAUGUAAGCGGCCACCGAAUGGGUGCUAGAAGCUUGUAGACGGCAUAUGCGACGACGGCAGUGCUGGCAGCUUCGACACCUGCAGCGCUGGUGCCAUGGCUUGUGGCGUUGGUGAGCGCAACGGCCUGGACACUGGUUGUCCAGCUCCCGAUGAAGGACCCGACGUCCAGUCCUCGGGAGAUGCUCAUGUACAGAAUCGAGUACGAGGCAACAGAUAAAGUAGCAUGGGUCACAACACCAACCAUGCCAUAUACUUUGAGGAAGCGCUUCCCUUUCGCAGCGAGCGAGUCGUUUCCAGGGACAUCCGGCGGGGUGACUGUGUUGUUGUCGCUGGGACCAGAGGAAGGAGCCACGGGUGGAGGAGUAUGUCCCGUGCUCAUGCUGCACGUUGAAUGGAGCGUCGGGAAUGAAGAUUGCUGCCGCAUCUGUCGUCGUGCGAUGCUGCCGACACAACCGAGCAUGUACAUGUAUGCCUGGCACGUGGGGGUUAC